AUGCUCAGUGGAGGUCUUCAUGAGCAAGGGGCUGGGCAGGGCUUGGGACACACUGCUGCUGGUGGAGGUAUCGAGGAGGUCCACGUCAACACCAACCUGCUGAGGCCAAUACAGGUGCAAGUUGACCCUGAGUUCCAGAGAAUGCGCUCAGAUGAGAAAGAGCAGAUUAAGACACUCAACAACAAAUUCGCAUCAUUCAUCGAUAAGGUUCAGUGCCUGGAGAGGCAGAACCAGGCCCUGAUGACCAAAUGGGAACUGCUGCAGCAGCAAAGCUCCCAGCCGGAGGAGAGCAGAAGCAUCACCUCCUUCUUCCAGUCCUACAUCAAUAACCUGCAGAGGCAGCUGGACACGCUCCAGAGCCAGAAAGAGCAGCUGGAUCCGGAAGCCUAUGAAAUGCUUCAGCUUGUUGAAGAUUACAAAAAGAGAUUUGAGGAUGAAAUCAACAAGCGUACAUCUAAAGAAGAGGAAUAUGGGGAGCUUAAAAAGGAACUGGACAGUGCCUACAUGAGAAAAAUAGAGUUUGAAGUUCGGGUGGAAAUACUGAAACAGGAGCUUGAGUUCCUCAGAUGCUUGUUUUCCUUACAGGAGCUGUCCCAGCUGCAGACAGUAGUUGACAACACCAAUGUCAUUCUGUCCAUGGACAACGGCAGAGAAGUCAACAUGGACGGCAUCAUUGAAGAAUACCAGGACCUUCAGAACAUGUGGGUAAAUCAACGAGAGCAGCUAAGGAACAGUUACCAGGAAAUUCAAGAGCUUACCAGGCAGAUACAAAGACUGCAGCCAGAAAUUGAGACAGUCAGGAGACAGAAUGAAAGCCACCAAGAGGCCAUCAGAAAUGCCGAGCAGCGUGGGAGCUCAGCAGUCAAAGACGGAGAGAAAAAGCUGCAGGAUCUGGAGAACGCUUUGCAGCAGGCCAGGGAAGACCUUGCUCAAAUUCUGCAUGAUUACCAGGAGCUUCUGAAUGCAAAAUUGGCUCUGGAUAUUGAAAUUGCCAUGUACAGGUCACUGCUUGAAGAGGAGGAGAUCAGGAUACAUGAAGGAGUGCCAGCCACUGUCCGUAAGUAUCUUUAG